AUGCGUUGGCUAGCGCUGGGAACAGCUGUGCUGGGAGUCUUCAUCUGGCGCAGCGGACGAGUCGCCAGACACAGUAUCCUCACCAAAUCCGCGUUUCCUUUGGGCUACUAUGCCUCUGGAGACUUUGCAACGAGUUGUUCGCCGAUAGCACCAGCGGACGACCCGGCGUUCAACGACCUCAAAUAUUGCGAAGACGAAACAUUCUGGGACGUCUGGAAUGGCCAGGGCAGCUUGCAGACGAGGCAUCUCAUCCUGAGCUGCGACGCCAACCGCAAGGCAUGGAACACCGUCAUGGGACCCUUGCGCGACCCCGAACCGAGGGGCUCGCUUUGGCUGAAUACGCUCACGUCGAAGGAGGGGCAAGAGGACGCAACUCCAGUCCGAAUGGUAUUCCAAAACUACCCGGAAGGGCACGACUUCCACCCCCUCGGGCUCGAAAUUUCUCCAUCCCACGCCGGGAACACGUCCAACCUCUUCGUAGUCAACCACGCCCGCCAACGCACUACCAUCGAGCACUUCUCCGUCGACCCCUCGAACCCAACUAUCGCCCUCUACCUGCGCACCUUGUCCACGCCAUACUUUGUAUCCCCAAACUCCAUCGCCCUCACAUCGCCCACCUCCUUCUACGUGACAAACGAUCACUUCUUCACGCGGCGCCUCGCGUGGGUGGGCAAGUUUCUGCCAAUCACGGAAUCCAUCCUCGCCCUUCCGUUGGGCUGGGUUGCCCAUGUCGCACUCAUCCCCAACCCUCUCGAUCCAUCAGGUGAACCCAUCUUUUCACAUACCGUCGCCGCCCUUGGAAUUCCCUUCGCCAACGGCAUCGCUCUUUCCCCCGACGGAUCAACAGUCGCCGUUGCUUCCACUACAUUGGGCGAGGUCUACUUCUACCAACGCGAACCCAAGGAUAAUACCAUCAAGCGCAUUGAUUCAGUGCCCGUGCCGUUCACACCUGACAACAUAGCAUUCGACGAUUCUGGUGUUCUCAUUGUGACUGGCCAUCCUCACUUCCCCUCCAUAGUCAGUGUUGCAGCCAACAAGACUGAGGUAGCUCCAAGCUGGACGGUAGCAGUCGUCCCGCGAUCAUCAUCGGUACUACGAUCGGAAUACGACACCCAGGCACCCAUAUCCGCGAGUCUGAAAGCCCCGGCUGUGAUGAGCUAUGAAGUCGAGACGUUGUUCCAGAGCAAUGGCACUGGGUUCUCUACAUCGAGUACUGCGUUGAGGGAUGCGAGGAGCGGGAGGCUGUAUCUCACUGGUUUGUACGCAGAGAACGGUGCCAUAGUUUGUAGGCCGAGUUAA